CUCAUUGCAGCUCUGAACCCAAACGGGAAGUCGUCAUCGCCAUGGUUCCGUUUGUUUCCUCCAUCCAAAGCCCAGCAGCAAGAAGCGGACCCUCAUAGUCCUCCCCCAACCCUGACAAGUUGCCGAAAAGCCCCGUGAUAAUGUCGAGUUCCAACAACCUCGUAGCCAUGAAAAAGGUCGUUCAGCAGCUGCGCUUCGAGGCCAGCAUAAACAGAGUAAAGGUGUCCCAAGCCGCCGCAGACCUCCAGCAGUUCUGCAUGCAGAACGCCUUGCAAGACCCACUGCUCACCGGCGUGUCAUCCAGCACCAACCCGUUCAGGCCGCAGAAGGUCUGCUCCUUUUUGUGAACCCGUCGUACAAAUUUGCAGGCCUUCAUUUUGAUGCUACAGGGAAACGUCGACCUCAACACUGCUCCUCAUGCCAAGCCAUUAAAACUGCCACGGGGGGGAGGGAGGGAACAGGGAAACGUGGCUUGGGGGUCUCUUGAGUGUAUUAUACAUUGGAACCAUGUCAGAGAAGUCAACCAUCUAUUUUCAGCCACGGUAGAAGAUUAAGCCGUUUUAUUUUUUAUGGCACAGUGGUGAUUUUUAAUUAAUUGUGCCUUUUCUAUUGUUCUAUUUUAGUCAUCACUCUUCUGGGCUAUUUUGUAUUUAAUAAAUAAAAACAUUCUUUGUUACUCCAAA